AUGAAUUAUAAUUAUAUUCUAGUUAUAGUUAUUUUGAUAGUUUAUUGUUUUUGUUUUGAGUUUGUCGAAAGCUCAAUAACUUCAAGCUCAAUAUCAAACAAUGCUAAUGGUAACACUGUUUAUGAAGCUGUAAAGAGUAGAAUACUAUGGGCUUUAAUUCUUGCCACUGCUAUUGCUAGUCGUGGCUAUAAAAAGAAAUCGUUGUCAAAUGACGGUGCGAUUGUUGCUUGGUGUAUAGGUGUUGUCAUUGUAGUGUCGGGCUGGAUAUUCGCCGUUUUAAUGUUAUCUUUCUACUUUUCCUCUUCCUAUCUCACUAAAUACAAGUCAGCAAUCAAAAAGAAGGUGGAGGAAGAUCAUCGAGAUGGUGGUCAGCGAAACUACAUUCAGGUACUAUCAAACAGCUUGACGGGUGCCACCUUUGGGUUACUCUAUUUACUGGUUGCAACCAAUUCCACAGUCACCUAUAUAUAUUCCUCUUCCAGGUACUUGGAAAUAUUCUUACUAUGUGCAGCACUAGGACAUUACGCUGCUUGUAACGGCGAUACUUGGGCAUCAGAGUUGGGUGUACUCAACAAGAGACAACCGAUACUUGUCACCACCUUCAAAACAGUGCCUGCAGGCACCAAUGGUGGUAUCAGUCCAAUAGGUACACUUGCAUCGAUUGUCGGUGGUACAUUCAUUGGUCUAUCUUAUUAUCUAUGUUGUUUCCUGCUGAACCGAGAUUGGCCAACACAAUCGCAAUUACCAAUCGUAUUCUUAGGUACUUUUGCUGGAUUCUUUGGAUCAUUACUUGAUUCUAUAUUAGGUGCAACAUUACAAUAUUCAGGUUGGAAUUCAAAGAAAAUGGUUGUAACUAAUCAUCCUCCUAACAACCCUUCAAAUACCGAUGAUAUAAAACACAUCACUGGAAGUGAUAUUCUAGAUAAUCAUCAAGUUAAUUUCUUAUCAUCUUUUAUAACGUCUAUAAUUUGUGGAUUCGUUGGUUGUUAUAUAUUUUAA